AUGGCGGCCAAGAAGAAGAACAAUGCACUCAAGCGACAACUCUAUGGCACUCCAUUGCCCCUUCCUUGUCUUCAGCAGCAACCUCAUUCAUCUCACGAUCAGCAACAGCCACCCACAGCAGCAUACACUCCCUCGGCAGUAGCCGCAGCAGGAGCAAAAACUUGCACACCUCUGGACUCGCUUCUCCAGAGAAUCAUGCACCUCUACUACGCCUGGAUCGGCUCGGAACAUUGCAUCUUGUACUCUGGAGGCCCUCCAGAAUCGAAUUUGAUCCAUGCAGAGUUCCACCCGCAGGGCGAAUGUGUCUGGGUAAAGAGUGGCAAGGAUAUGGAGACGUUGUUUCGUCAGGGAUUCUUUGGGAAGGGAACCUUGUCGCGUAGCGAGGCCACAUGGAAGCAGAGGAAUACUGGAGAUGUUUCAGGAAUGUCUCUGGAGGAGAUCACACGGCAAAGGCGUAUCGAGCGUGCACGUCUGAGAAACGAAAAGUUGCAGCAGCAGCAAGGGCAGUCGCUCGCCAGCAGCACUGCUGGACCCUCUGCGCCGGCAUCGGCUUCAGCAUCGGCAUUAUCCAGUAAUUCACCUGGGACUCUUCUUUCGAGCAGCGAGCUCGAUCGCUCGUUAACGCCCGUAUCGGCAUCUCCCCCACCAGACAUCCAGCAAACAAGUUCUCGCUCAGGGACUCCAGCAGAUUCUCUCAACGAAAUUAGGAAUGUCGCACCAAGCAAGGCUGAGGAAGAGGCAAACUACGAACAUCUUCAGCUCUCACUCGAAGAGGCAUUCUUCCUCGUCUUCGCAGUCGAAUGCCUCGCCAUCUCGGACGCCUCAGCAACGCCCUCCACCCCUCCCGAUACUACUACUGCAAAAGCAAUGACCAUUCAAGGAUGUUGGCUCCGCUUCUCAAAAGCCGCGGCCCUCUCCAUUAAACCCACCCCAAAACUCUUAUCCAGCCAAUGCUCGCCCCAUAUUAACUUGAAGAGCAACAACGAUACGGUCAUCUCGGUGGACAACCCAUUCGUGAUCCGAUACGUCGCCUAUCAUUACUACCGUAGCCUGGGCUGGAUCGUCAAGGACGGACUCAAGUACGGGGCCGAUUUCUUGCUGUACCAGAAGGGCAUGGUCUUUGGACACUCCCAAUACGCUGUCCGGGUCGUUCCCAGUGCGGACUACGAUAACAAGGACCUUGAUUCGGACUUGACCGCGCCUUCUCAGGAAGGGCGCUCCGUCAAUUUUAUGAAGUAUCCAAUGACGCGUCCAGGAUUCUCUCCCACCCCGGGACUCUGUCUCGCGCAUACCUCGUUGUCUUGGCAGUGGUUGUUAACCCUGAACCGAGUCAUUGCUCAGGUUCAAAAGACGGUCAUACUGUGCCAUGUCAUACUGCCGACGAGCGCAACAAUGAGACAGCUCUCCCAUCCACGAACUGCCCUGCCUCUCUACAAGGUCGCUGAGAUUGGAGUCAAGCGCUUCAUUCCAGAGAAGAAUCGCGCAUGA